UUCUUUCUCCUCCCUUCACACAGACCAGUCACCCAUUUGUCCAUCUCUACUCUACACUCACGCAUCCCGAUUAUCGCAUCGCCGCCUCCGUCAUAAUGACCAACGAUUCCCCGGAGGAGGAGAGCCGAGGAAGGAGGGUGACUCGGCCGAGCCGAGCAGACGACAAUGUCACCAUCCUGACAUCAUCCAUGGAUGUUUACAGAAGCCGGAGCCGAGCCAGCAGCAGCAACGACGCUGUCGCCAGCUUCACAUCCUCCGCGGACCUGAGCACCUCCUCCCUGGAACUGAGCAUCCAGACGCGAAUCUUUAAGAUAAUCGUUAUUGGGGACUCCAACGUAGGGAAGACGUGCCUCACCUUUCGCUUCACUGGCGGAAGCUUUCCUGACCAGACUGAGGCCACAAUCGGCGUGGACUUCAGGGAGAAGGCAGUGGAAAUUGAAGGAGAGACGAUCAAGGUGCAGGUAUGGGACACAGCUGGCCAGGAGCGAUUUCGGAAAUCCAUGGUGGAACACUACUACCGUAAUGUCCAUGCAGUCGUGUUUGUUUAUGAUGUCACAAAAAUGGCUUCCUUCCGCAACCUGCAAACAUGGAUAGAGGAGUGUAACGGUCAUCGAGUUUCAGCAUCAGUACCUCGAGUCCUAGUGGGGAACAAGUGUGACUUAGUGGACCAAGUACAGGUGCCAUCCAACAUGGCGUUGAAGUUUGCCGACUCCCACAACAUGCUGCUGUUUGAGACAUCUGCAAAGGACCCAAGAGAGAGUCAGAAUGUGGACUCAAUUUUCAUGUCACUGGCCUGUCGACUGAAAGCCCAAAAAUCUCUCCUCUACAGAGAUGUGGAACGAGAGGACGGGAGAGUACGACUCACACAGGAGACUGAGACAAAGAGCAAUUGUCUUUGUUGAGGACAAGAGCAACUGGUAGAAGUAAUGGAAUGGAAUGGAACAUCUAAACAACGGUGCAUGUCGAGGCGAGUGAGGAGAGUGAUGACGGGCGUGUAGUCUUCAUGUGUUUUUAGUGGUUCAGGAGCAAGAUGAUGCUUAUGGCUUAGACUGAAAGCAACAUAUCUGAUGGAAGAGGAGGAAAGGCUCUGGGCUUUAGCACACGAUUAGAGGGAAAAUGUGCUCAUGACGGAUCGAAGGAAAGACGAACAGUUAUUAUGAGUUCUGAAAUCAGUCUGCUUUGUUUUACUGUAUGAGUAAUUGUAAGGUUACGGAACUUCCUCAACCAGUGGCCCUCUCUGCUCGAGAUGGUGCCUAGUUGUGAAGUUAGUCGAGGGGUUUAAAAAAAAAAAAUGCUAGAGAAAGGAAUUGCAGAAUGUAAAAAUAAAUAAAUAAUAAUGAUUUGAUGUCUGCUGAGAAGGCAUAAGCGCACUUCACUGAAGAGACAUGAAAAAAGUUAGUAAGGAAUUGGAAAUAGCUUUUCGGACUGCUUUUAUUCCACACAAGGCAGUAAUAUAUAGAAAAAUAUAAUAUAAAAUAUAUAACAUAUGUAUACAGUAUUGUAAUGCAGUCUUUUAAUCAAAUAUAAUUAUGUGUGAAAUCAUAAAAUUGUACAAGAGGAAUAAUGAAAAACAUUUGUACAAGUAAAGGCCUCCUCCAAAUCACAACCUUACCCUUAAUCAACUUCUGCUCUGAAAUUGAGUAAUUAAACUGCUGGUCACCCACUAUAAGAGCAAGUAUGGACUAGUCCAGAUCACUUGAUAAAAGGCUCUUUACUGGCUCUUUACAUAUCCUUAUCAAAUUAGUGUUCUCUAAAUUGUUUUGACCUAAAAAUCAGAGUUUGCCCUUUUCUUCAUACUACCUUUGCCUUAACAAUGCAUCUUGGAGUUUGAUGAACCAGUCAACAGACAGACACUUGCGGAGCUAGAGGGUGAACUGAGGGGACAGCCCCCCCCCCCUCCACCUCGGAUGGAACUGCCGCCCCCCAUUUUUUCCAAUUUUUCCAGAAAUUUCCACCUGGGUACAAUAGUCAUUUUUUACCAGCAUUUUUUGAUGAAUAUUUUGGGGUUUGAAAAAAAAACGUUAGUACCCCUGAGAUACCCUUGACCCUUCCGUGACCCACCCCCUCCCCUCGAGGAGAAAAUUCCUAGCUCCGCCAGUAAUGACAGAAGCUACAGGGUGAAUUUAAUUCUGGUCUUUUAAAAAUAUGACUUGUGUAGAAUCACUGUGAACUCAUUAUUAAAAGGGAAACAUCACACAUUAUUGACAGUUAAUGUGUGUAACACUAGAAAAAAAACAUUAGUAGAAUUGUCACCGCAUAACCAUGAGGGAAAUGUGUUCUGUAUUCUGUUAAGGAUGAUGUACGGUAUAUAUACUGUUUAAUAAAUAUCCUUCUAGUGCUCUUCCUAA